AUGUCAGGCUACCUUGUUCCUGAAGAAAUCAUUCAUGAAAUCCUGCUGUGGUUGCCGGCCAAAUCUUUACUGCGAUUCAGCACAGUGUGCAAGUCAUGGAGCUCUAUGAUCAACCACCCCAGUUUCAUCGACACCCACCUGAAGCGCAGAAACCAACACAACCUCCAAAACGACAUUCUUCACCUUCUAACAAGCAAGCGGAAGGAUCGGAUGAGUUACUCGUCGUGUCUGAUCAAAGAUGGUGAGUAUAUGUAUACCAACCUUAUGCUUCCAUCACUAUUAGUGAAAGGUAUGGGUUUACUUAGUCUGAUCGGAACUUGCAAUGGCCUCCUAUGCUUUGCAUAUAAUAGGGAACCUAAUUCUCCCGGAGCACCUCCAACAAUAAUAUUCAACCCUUUAAUCAGAAAGAUUGUGAUUUUGCCUAAGCCUAGUAUUAUUUGCGACCCUUUUACCCAGUAUGAACAACCACACUCAUUUGGCUAUGAUGCCCGGACCAAUGACUAUAAGGUUUUGAGACUUGUUCUUAAAUUCCAAACUCCAUACGCCGUGGAGGUUUACUCAUUAGCUACGAAUUCUUGGAAGCGUCUUAGUAGUGCUGCAAUUCCGGCUUACGUUUGGUCAAAAUAUGGAUUCCUUUCCGUCAAUAAUGCUCUCUAUUGGAUCCAAUACCGUAACGUAAAACGAGAAGAAUACGUCAUCGUGUCAUUUGAUUUGGCCACUGAAAUGUUCAGCCAGAUAAUGAUGCCUGAAGAUUUGGGGAGAAAAUCUAAUCGAUACUUAGACUUGUCAAGAUAUGGGGAGUCUCUGUCUUUGAUUGUUGCUGCAGAAAAUAUUGAGAUAUGGGUGAUGAAAGAGGUUGGAGUGAUGGAAUCUUGGAAGCAAGUAUUAACCAUCAACUGUUCUAAGAAUCCGUUGCUUAAAAUUCCUAAUAGCAGCGGUGAAGUACUAUUCAAAACAAGAGAAAGCCCUCGAAAGAUGCAGAGGCUGAAUUAUAAGACCGAACAAGCAGAAGAUUUUGGAAAAGAUAAGAAUUACAACCCCAGGGAUUCUUUUGCAGAUUGCCUAGUUUUACUUGGCCAAACCAAUGCCGUUCCUUACUAA